UCUUAGUUAGACAGUUCCAAAUUCGCACUCACUUCGGUUCCAUUCCAGGAGCGCAUCGGUUUGGAAAUAAAAACGCACCUCCCACCCCCUCCCGUACUGACUGUGACUGGCUCCUCCCAUACCGGUUAAAUGCCCGCUCGGUGUUUCAAUUUAAUGCAGUGGAAGGCAGUCAUGAUAUAGGAGCUGUAGAGUUUACCAACUUUAUAGCAGCAAGUAUUUCCAAGUCUUGUAAUCUGUUUAUUCCCGGAGCCACAGUUAUGAAGACCAUACUUGCUGCCUACUCCGGUGCCCUAAAAGGCACUGGCUCCAGCAUCCUCUCGUCCCUGCAGGACCUGCCCUCCCUUCCAUGGCCUGCCCUUCGAUCCAAGAUGGAGAAACACCUUCAGGUCAUCGCAGUUCUGCAGUGGAUCAUCUCCUUCCUUGCCAUGGGCAUCAGCUGCACUGUGCUGUUAAUCUACAUGUUCUGCACAGACCUCUGGGUGAUCGCUGCCAUGUACACUGCCUGGCUAAUCUUUGACUGGAACACCCCCAAACAAGGUGGCAGGAGGUCCUCUUGGGUGAGGAACUGGACUGUGUGGACUUACUUCGGAGAUUACUUUCCCAUCAGGCUCAUCAAGACACAUAACCUGCUGCCCAGCCGAAACUACAUCUUUGGGUACCACCCCCAUGGGAUCUUCUCUUUCGGAGCCUUCUGUAACUUCGGGACUGAGGCCACUGGAUUCUCCAAGAAGUUCCCAGGCAUCAAGCCUUCUCUUGCCACCCUGGCUGGAAACUUCCGGAUGCCAGUCCUUAGAGACUAUCUCAUGUCUGGGGGUAUCUGCCCAGUGAACCGUAACUCCAUCGACUACCUCCUCUCUCAGAAUGGAACUGGCAACGCAGUGGUCAUCGUUGUCGGGGGAGCAGCGGAAUCUCUGGACUGUGCUCCAGGCAUUAAUUCUGUCACCCUGAAUAACCGCAAGGGCUUUGUGAGGCUGGCCCUCCAGCAAGGGUCUGACCUGGUGCCGGUCUACUCCUUUGGGGAGAACAAUGUGUACAAGCAGGUGAUCUUUGAGGAGGGAACCUGGUGUCGGCUGGCUCAGAAGCGGCUGCAGAAGAUUCUGGGCUUUGCUCCCUGUCUGUUCCAUGGCUGUGGCCUCUUCUCCGAUUCCUGGGGAAUGGUGCCUUACAAUAAACCCAUCACCACCAUCGUGGGUGAACCGAUCACGGUGCCAAAGGUUGAGGAGCCUACUAAGGAUAUGGUGGAACUGUACCAUGCCAUGUACAUCAAGUCCCUCAGGAGCCUCUUUGACAAGUAUAAGACCCGCUUCGGAUUGAAGGAGAGUGACAUCCUGCACAUCCAAUGAGAAAAGAGUGCGCGGGACCUCUCGGAACCUUAGAACAGUGGCAGCUGUUUGGCAGCCCUGCCCCCUCCAUUCACGUGCAUGGCUCUGAUUGAUUGUCUCUGAAAUUCAAUCGAUAUACAUAAAAUUGUGGGUGUGUGUAUAUAAACCCACAGCGCUCUCAUCCUCUUCCUGUGCACAAGGCUCACGUCCCUACUCCACUCAGGGAGGAAAAUGGCAGGUUGCCAGGUUGGCCCUGACCUAGUCAAUGCCAAUGGCAAAGUUGACUAACUUAAAUGUAUUAAAUGUCUCCAAAUGGAGUCUCUUCAGCUUAUGCCACAUCUAUAGAAAUGUUCCAUGACAGAAGAGAUGAGGGAUUAUAGUUUGAAAAGGUACGAUCACUUGCUUUCAUGUGCAGUGGAACGCCCACGAGGUGGCACUAGAAGGUUAUACACACAACAAGCACCAUGUUUGUUUCUCCCAAUCAUCUAUGUAGUUGUCCCUUAUAUUAGGCCCUAAAAAAAUGAUGAUGUUUUGAGGCCUUUAUUUAAUUUUGCUAAAUGCACAAACAAUGCAAUUGUAAUGGUAUGGCCUCACUCAGAAGUCAGUGGUUCAUUGAGCCAAACUUGUAGUUAAUUGAGCCAAAGAGGUGAUGUGUCCCCUCCCAACACACGCAUACUUCAUUGAAACUUGAAGGUGAAGUAAUUCUAUUGAAUGGAUUUAGAUUGUGUACAUGUGAUUCUAUGAUGCCACUAAGUAUUAUAUUAUGUAAAUAAGAAAAAGCCUUUCCUCCCUUGUGGAAAGGAAUCAAUGUUUUGUUUUUUCUCAAUUAAAAUUAAUAUAUUGAUGCACUUUUUGUAUUUGUGACAACCCUCUGAGGUGUUUCUCUAAAAUGUGCCUUAGGAAUCUUUCAAUGUAAAAUUCAUUUUUUUCAACAACAUUGCCAAUUUUGUUUCCACGUACAUUUUUUCCAUAUAUUGAGUGUAUUGACUCGUUUGUAGAGAGUGUUGUCUAGUGCCUUGAGGUCCCAGGUACUGUAGUUGUUGAUGAUGUAAGAACAAUUUCAGGGUGAAGAACAAUUCUUCCUUCACACAGAGAGCAGAUCAGUGAUAAAUGAAAAAGGGAUUGUAAAGCCUGUGCCUUGUAAAAAAUAAAAUACACUUUUUGUGGGGUACCAUUCAAUUGAGUAAAAUGGCAAAUGUAUAAGGGUUUUUCUAUCACACAUUUGAGUAUAAAAGUCAAACUCCCCUUGUAAUUACCAAGAAGUGUUUGAGAAAUGAUUUGUCAUAUUGGGCAUAUCAAGCAAAGAAUCAAGUCUAUCAUCCUGCCAAUUAUCCUAGGUGCAUAACUGUUUGUAUAUUAUGCAAGAUGAAAAUUAUUAUUUUGCCAUGUGGUAGAAUUUUGAGGUUGGCAAUGAGUGCUAAAUAGAAGUGUAAUUUGAAAUGUAAUUUCUUCUAGCUUCAACAUUGACUUCUUGCAAAGAGCAGUAAACAUCUCACUCUCUUUAAUUCAUGUGCAAUAAAUAUAGCAAUAAACAGCAGCAAAGGCCUUUGUUGUGAAUGAAUUGGCUUCAGCACAAUCUGUCUAUUUAAAUGAAACUUUUUGUAUGUUCUUAGAAUAAAACGCAUUCUUUAA